AUGUUUCUCACAAGGGUGUUUGGAAGGACACUUUUUGCUGCGGCCAGAUCAGAGGCUUCAGCUGCUGGGGCCGCCGCCUCCUCCUCCUCUACUACAUAUAAGCACAACCCACUUGAGGAGUUCUUUGACACCACUAGAAGCCCAGAUGAUGACAAGCCUGUUGUUUAUGGUCGAAGUUGGAAGGCUCCAGAACUACGUCUUAAGUCUUGGGAUGACCUUAACAAGCUUUGGUAUGUUCUCUUGAAGGAGAAGAACAUGUUGAUGACACAGCGACAGAUGCUUCACGCUCAAAACCUACGCUUUCCAAACCCGGAGCGUAUUCCUAAGGUAAGGAAGUCAAUGUGUCGAAUUAAGCAAGUACUGACGGAGAGAGCCAUUGAAGAAGCAGAUCCUAGGAGGUCUGCUGAGAUGAAAAGGAUGAUCAAUGCUUUAUAA